GGCGAGACUUAGAACCAGCAAUGGUUUAGGAGACAGUGGAGCAUGUAGAGAUGCUCAAGACUCGGCUUAAGGAAGCCCAUGACCGGCAUAAGAGCUAUGCAGAUAAGCGCUGUAAAGACUUGGAGUUUCAGGUAGGAGACUUAGUAUACCUGAAAAUGAGGACAUUAGGAGGAUCUAAGACUCGGAAGCUUAAGAAGCUUAAGCCGAGAUAUAUGGGACCGUACCCUAUUGUGGAGCGGAUUAGAGCAGUGGCUUACAAAUUGCGGUUAUCAGCAGAGUUGUCAGAUUUUCAUGAUGUGUUCCAUGUGUCAGUCAUGAGGAAAGUUGUGAGAGAGCCAGAGCUCAUUUUGCAGCAGCCACCCAAUGAUCUUGAGAAAAAUUUGUAUGCAUCUUGUCAGCCAGUUGAGAUUUUAGAUCGGCAAGUGAAAGCUGUUCAGGGGAUGAUGAGCAGUUUAGUUAAAGUUCGUUGGGAGAGAGACGGGAUUCAGGAAGAAACCUGGGAGGCCGAGACUCAGAUGAGGAUUGAUUAUCCACAGUUUUUCCAGGACAAUAUUGGACAGUCGGUUCAGGAGCCGAAUUCGGGGACAAAUUCUCCAUUGGUGGGGGAGAAUUGUAACGACCCAAUUCAGCAGGCCCAACAAGGCCCAAUCAGUUUACAGGAAACCCUAGGUGAGUUCCUAUUUAAACAGAGCCAGUCUAUUAUUUUAUUCAAAAAAGGUCUAAGGCGUCGAACCCCUGCAGAUUUAGAGCCGUCAGAGAGAGAUAUUGGUGAACUGUCUCAGCCACCGUCGACUGAGAUUAGAUCUAUCACGCUGCCGCCGUCUCACUCCCUAGGCCACCAGUGUGUUCGUGACGUUGAGACGAGUCCGGAGCAGGAGUUUCAGCCGGAGAUCCGCCGCGACGCGCCCACACGCGCAGGAGGAAGAAUCGCGUGUGAAUUCCACGCGCCGCCAUUCUGCCGGACGUUCGCCGGAGCCACCGCAGCCGGCCACCGUCCGUUCGCCACCGGAAGCCGCCGCCGCAUCGCCGCCGCGUCUCCGCCGCUGCCGUUGAUUUUCCGGUAAGCCACCACCGGCGACCGGUCUACGGCGACUCGCCGGUCGACUCGCCGGUAACUCGGUGACUCAGCCGAGUUGACUCAGCGAGUCAAGCCAUUGGCCAGUCAAGCCGGUUCUGUUAGUCAAUUGAUUUUAUUAUUGAUUAAACCGAUCGGUUACUGGGAAUUUUUUUGGUUUGGAUUAAACCGAGUUGAAAUCAAUUUUAAUCUGGUUUAAUUGAAAUCGAAUCCGGUUAAGGAAAACCGAUGGUUCAAUUCGAUUUCAAUUUGGUCAAGGGUUGACCGGCUUGGGUCAGAGUAGACCGGGUUGACCUUUGACCAGCAGGUUGACUUUUUGACCAGAUCGCUGGUUAUCCGUUUUGGACCGUUCGAACGGGCGUUCUGACCUGAUUUUUCGCCCUGAUUUCAGAUUUGAAGUUUGUUUGAGCAGCUGGAGUUCAUAGCUAUCACUUUUCCACAUUCCUAAGGUGAAGGUCUAUUCCGUAAAUCUCGUACCAGUGUAGAAUUCUCUCUAUCAUAGUUUAGAUUUCGAAUCAUGAUCCGUCUGUUUGAAUUGAGUCUGUUUGAGUCUUGUUUGUUAGUUAGCUCAUUCAUUGUAAAUUGGAACUAGGGGUCUAGAGGAUUCAACCGUUGAUUUGAUUGUGUGAUGUUAAGAAAUGCAAUAUCUAUAUAUGUAUGUUUAUAUAGUUAUGAGUAGGGACUAUGUGAGUGGGCGGGGGUCCAGAGAUGUCUGGACUAGCGACGCAGCUUUGGUGGGCGGGGGCUCAGAGACGUCUGGGCUAGCGACGCAGAUUGUGUGGGGCGUGGGUGCAGAGACGUUUUCAUUCGACGCAGCUUUGGAGGGCGGGGGUACAGAGACAGACUGUACUAGCGACGCAGUAUAUAUCCGUAUGAGGAGAUGCGAGGUGUACGGACUAGCUAUAUGCUAUCAUCGCAUUGACCCAGAUCAAUUGGUGACAAUUCAUCCUGGAGGAGUGUUGUUAAAGGGUGAGGACCUGGGUUCGAAUCUCACCAACAACCUAAUUAUGGAGUCAGAGAGGACUCAUAAUGGAGGGGUUGGGGUCGGUGCGCUACAGCGCUGUGAACCUAGGUUCCUAGUGAGAGGAUGGGUUGUCACAAUUACCUUAAAAAUUUGGCGCUAAAAAGGGAGGAUAACCAGUACUAUAAGCCGAUGGCAGGAAAUGAGCAUGGGUAAUCCUUGGCCACUGCGGCCGCUGCUGAUUUACCAGCCCAACUCAAAGCUUCACAUAAGCAAGUCACUAUGGAACAUUUGAAGGGGAUUCCCCAGUUAGUGGGACUCCCACUUCAAGAGUUUUCUUUUUUUAUAAGUAUGCAUUUAUAGGUCAUUUAUCUACCGUUCAAAAGAGACGUUGGCGAUUAAGUUGUUCAACCAUAUCUCAUUUGCAUGGUCACUGUCUGAUGUGCUCUUGGGUAGCGUACCAGACAAAACAGACAUGCAUGGCUUGAUCAUGAGAAGCAGUAAAUAUAUAUGUUCAUUGUUUGACUCAUAUCUUUCCAAACACAAGCCUUCUACUCAUGAAAUAAUUUGGAUAAUAUUCUUAACUCAAUUACAGAGCUCCUCGAAGACGAAUCAGAUCAAACGGAGUUAAUAUGUGACAGUUAUGCCAUUUACAAAUCAGGUGAUCUUCAGUUCUCGCGAAUUCAGACCACCGAAAAGCUGGAAAUGGCUAAUCUUCUUUCUGAUGAACCAACGACCAAUUCAAUCAUGCCAAGAUGAUUAUUCAUGUUCUAAAUGUCCAAGAAAACCUUGGGCAUGAUAGUUUUUAAAAAAAUCAAAAACAUACUUGUUUGAGCCAAAUGGAAAAACCGAUAAAAUAUUGGCUAAGGGAAAAUAUGGAUUUCGACCAGGCCUCAAAGGGACAUGUAUUGGCCCAUAUCAGGAGCAUGUUCUUCAAUUUUCAAAGUCCUGGUCGUGGCUAUAUCAAGAGGCAGUCCAAGUUUUAGCCAACAACUUUAUUUAGUCAAGUCUUUGUUUUCACUCUUUUAUGUCUUGUUUUUAGCAUAUUCUUCUUUGGAUCUCUACAACUUGUAAUCCUAUAAAUAAAGCCUAAGUACCACGAAAUAAGAUAAUUGAUUUUGUCUUGAAUUUUCUGAGUUGAAACUCUUUGUUCUUUAUAAGAACUCGUCUUGUUUCUUGGUGAGUCAUAUCCAAGUAAACACUUCCUCAAAUCGUUGGAUUUGUGAAUCAUAUCAAGCAGCGACGAGAGAACCUUUAUUUGUUUGUCUUGUGAGUCAUAACAAGCACCAUUGGAGUCGGGAAUAUCGGAGGCCUUCCGCAACCUUCGUGCGACCCUUCAAUCCAUCCAGUUUUCCAUCCAAAGUUCAUAUCCAAACCGAACCAGUAUAGAGUGAUCUGUUCCUAGGGUCCUUCAAGUGGUAUCAUAGACCAUGCUUAUCAGCCUGAGGUUUGGAGAUGCAUGUACUCAAGGAAAAUAGCAUCAAGGAAGUUAUUGUCCAAAAUUUUCCUUCACUAAAUUUUACAUGUUCUUUAGACUCUUUUUGCCCGAUUCAUUUCCUUUUGAUACAGGUAAAAUGGAUUUGAAGUCAAAUCCUUUUCAAGUGGGAGGGAAUGAUGUGCCCUUGAGUAGCACACUAGGCAAAACAUACAUGCAUGGCUUGAUCAUGGGAAGCAGUAAAGAUAUAUGUUCAUUGUUUGACUCAUAUCUUUCACACCACGAGCCUUCUACACAUGAAAUCACUUGGAGAAUGUUCUCAACUCAAUUACGGAGCUCCUCGAAGAAGAAUUAUAUAAUACGGAGUUCAUAUCUGACAGUUAUGCCAUUUACAAAUCAGGUGAUCUUCAGUUCUCGCGAAUUCAUACCACCCAAGAAGCUUGAAAUGGCUAACCUUCUUUCUGAUAAACCAGCGACCAAUUCGAUCAUGCCAAAGGUGAUUAUUCAUGUUCUAAAUAUCCAAGAAAGCCUUGGGCUUGAUGAUUUUCAAAAAGAUUCAAAAACAUACUUGUUUGGGCCAAAUGGAGAAACCGAUAAAAUAUUGACUAAGGGAAAAUAUGGAUUUCGACCAGGCCUCAAAGGGACAUGUAUUUGCCCAUAUCAGGAGCAUAUCUUCCCUUUUCAAAGUCCCGGUCGUGGCUAUAUCAAGAAGAAGUCCAAGUUUCAGUCAAAAACCUUAUUUAGUCAAGUCUUUGUUUUCGGUCUUCUAUGUCUUAUUUUUAGCACAUUCUUCUUUGGAUCUCUACAACUUGUAAUCCUAUAAAUAAGACAUAAGAGCUACGAAAUAAGAUAAUCAAUUUUGUCUUGAA